UCAUGAAAUAAAAAUAUAAAGAUUAAAUAUAUAAAUAUCAUCUUAUGCACAAUUAUAAUACAAAAUGUAGAUAUGUUGUCAAAAUCAUAGUGGAAGACGAAACAGAUAAUGCAAGAGUCACACUUUUUGACGCAGCUGAAACAUUGAUAGGAUGCGAUGCUCAAAAAUUCAUGGAUGAUAUAAAAGAGAAAAAAAAUCAGAGUUCAUUCUUUCAAAAGUUUGUUCUCAACAUCGGAAAGACAUACAAGUUCCUUGUAAAGUUGGAUGAGAAGUCAAAGGAUGAACGUGCACAAGGAAAGAUAAUAGCACAAGAAAUCCAAAUCCAAGAGGACAUCACAAUCAACAUUGAUGAUGAUGAUUCAUUUCUCGAUUUACCAAAAAAGAAGAUCAAGGUGGAGAAGGAUUGAUCAAAGGCCAACAAAAAUUAAACAUUAAUGUUUUUUAAUUUUAAUUACCUUUACAAAUUGGUUAAAGGAUUUUAAAUGUGCUUUUCAUAGGCUUUUAAGUUUAUUAAUUGAUGAAUUUAAUUUGUUAGGACAAUUUAUGAUUUAUACGCAUAUGCUCAUAUAGUUGUUUGAUAACUAUUGCAUGCUUUGAUUGUUAUUGCAGUUAUUAACUUAAAUUUAACAUUUAAUUAUGUGAAUCAAAAUACAUAUUCAUAGAAUAGUUCACUUUAUUAAUUUAAAUUUUCAUGUCAACUAUUUUUAACUUAUCUAUACUGCACAAAAAAUAUUG